AUGACAUCCCGUUCUGCGACAAUCGCCUGGAGGAACAGCCUCCGGGCUCGCGCCCUCCCCGCCUCCCGUUGGACUCAACGACCUUCGGCCUUUCUGUCACGGGCCGAGCGGUGCCCCAGCACUGCACGAUAUGCUUCGGACUCGGCCCCUGCAAAGGCAGCUGAGGCUGUGAAGGAGGCUCCCAAGGAACUUCCUAAAGAAGUCAAGGAGAUCCCCAAGCGAGCUGGUCGUGGAUCGCGGAAGGGUCUUUACGGCACUUCGUUGGCGUUUGUGCUGUUGGUGGGAUACAUCUAUGGUACUGAUACCCGGGCUAGCAUUCACCGGUAUGGCCUGGUGCCUCUUAUUCGCAUGAUCUAUCCUGAUGCGGAGGAUGCGCACCACUUUGGUGUGGACAAUUUGAAGACCCUCUAUCGGUAUGGUCUUCACCCUCGCGAACGCGGUAACCCGGACGGAGAUGGCGUUCUGUCCACCGAGGUCUUCGGCUACACCAUCUCCAACCCCAUCGGCAUCUCCGCCGGUCUGGAUAAACAUGCCGACAUCCCCGACCCGCUGUUCGAAAUCGGACCUGCCAUUGUCGAGGUCGGCGGCACUACUCCCCUGCCACAGGACGGUAACCCCAAGCCGCGAGUGUUCCGUCUACCCUCGCAGCACGCCAUGAUCAACCGCUACGGCCUCAACUCCAAGGGUGCCGACCACAUGGCCGAUGUACUGAAACAGCGUGUGGUUGACUUUGCCUACGCUGCUGGCUUCGGCGAGCACGAGCAGGCCGCACAGCGCGUUCUGGACGGCGAGGCCAACGUGCCCCCGGGAAGUCUGGUUCCCGGCAAGCUGCUCGCAGUGCAGGUGGCCAAGAACAAGCUCACACCCGACGGAGACAUCGACGCCAUCAAGCGCGACUACGUCUACUGUGUUGACCGUGUCGCGCGGUACGCCGACAUUCUCGUCGUGAACGUGUCGAGCCCCAACACCCCGGGCCUGCGCGACCUCCAAGCCGCAGCUCCGCUAACCGCAAUCCUGACUGCCGUCGUGGGCUCCGCCCAGAACGUCGACCGCAAGACCAAGCCAAAAGUGAUGGUGAAGGUCAGCCCGGAUGAAGAUUCAGACGAGCAGAUCUCAGGCAUCUGCGAAGCCGUGUGGAACUCCGGUGUCGACGGUGUCAUCGUCGGCAACACCACCAACCGCCGGCCCGACCCUCUCCCCCAGGGCUUUGUUCUCCCUCCCAACGAGCAGCAGACUCUCAAGGAGACAGGCGGUUACUCUGGCCCGCAGCUCUUUGACCGCUCCGUCGCUCUAGUCGCCCGCUACCGCGCCAUGCUCGACCAAGGUCCCCCGUCCAAGGCCGACGCACCCACCGAUGCCAACCAGAACCCCGCCGAUUCCCCGCGCAAGGUGAUCUUCGCCUCGGGAGGUAUCACCACCGGCCAGCAGGCGCGCCAGGUGCUGGAUGCCGGAGCCUCGGUUGCAAUGAUGUACACCGGCAUCGUGUACGGCGGUAUUGGAACCGUGACGCGGGUGAAGCAGGAGCUGCGCGAGGAGCUCCAGAAGAAAUGA